GACCCCCAUAACCAUUCCACGCUCACACUUUGGCAGCUUACGCAACUCAUUUCUUAGAAAAAGUGUCCGUGGGAUCAGAUAGCCCGAGUCCAAAAUAUCAUAUCCCCGUUUUCAUGAGCCCAGAACUUGUUGGCUGGCCUCAGAUUUAUUGUACCUUGUCGUUCUGGAGGAAGAUCGUAUGCAUGUGGUCAGUAGCGAGGAGCCUGCGACCCAACCUCCCUCUCAUGUUACGCCCUAUAUAUAACAUCCAUUCCUCCAGCACCUCCGUUUAACCCCCCCUCCCACGUUCCCUCGCUCCAACACCACUUCUCCAGAAGCGCUGCAUCCACUCGGGCCCAGACGGCUCUGUCUUUCCCUCUCCCUCUCUUUUCUCUCUCUCUCUCCCAUCUGUCACCCGAGCUUCCUCUUGCAGGCUGUGUGUGUUUACCCUCUUUUUCGGCCUGGCAACGGGGCUGCAUGCUCAGGAUUACCGGAGGCCUUGCCUUUCAUCGCCGCCCGCUCCCUCUUCCUUUUGCCGUUGACUCCUGGACUACGGUGGAAACGGGUGCGAGGCUGCGUUUUUGGGGCUUUUCAGCUUCCCUGGUUUCUCGAAGAGUCUGGAGUUAAGUGGAACCGUCGACACUAAGAGAACAUGGAUCACUCUCUGUUCGGAUGCCUUCGGAGCCCGCACGCCCCAUCCCAAGCCCUGCACCCGGCGUUCACCCAGUCCUCCCUGGCCCUGCACGGUCGCUCCGACCACGUCUCCUACCCCGACCUCCCAGGACCCUCGCCGCCCUGCAGCUACGCUGGGGAGGAGGGCAGCUUCGGAGGACCUCAUCACAGGGUUCACCCCACUCCGCAGCAUCCACACCUCUCGCAGCAUCAGUCCUCCUGGCACGUCCCGCAGAUGCCGGCGAUCGACGGCGAGCGCCUCAAUCUCUGUCUGCCGCACCAUGACUCUUCGGCUCCAGAACUGUGUGGAGCGGGUUCACAGGGCCUGUGCGCGGGUAACCCAACACUCACUGGUAGUGACCCUUCUGGGGUGUCAUGUGUGCCUGGAGAAUACGGGAGACAGAACAUGUCACCUGCUGAGCCGGAUAGACGCAAUAGCAAAGGAAAGAGUGACAGCUCAGAUUCCCAGGAUGGGAGCUAUAAGUCAGACGUGAGCAGUAAACCUAGGAAGGAGCGCACAGCGUUCACCAAGGAACAGAUUCGAGAACUGGAAUCAGAAUUCGCUCACCACAACUAUCUGACACGGCUUAGACGUUACGAAAUCGCUGUCAACCUUGACCUCACAGAGAGACAAGUAAAGGUGUGGUUCCAGAACCGAAGGAUGAAAUGGAAGCGAGUGAAGGGAGGUCAGCAAGGGGCCGCCGCACGCGAGAAAGAACUGGUGAAUGUAAAGAAAGGAACUCUCUCGCCCUCCGAGUUUUCCCCAAUGGUCGGACUACACCAUCCCAUCGGUUCUCCUAGCAAUGAGGACGACAGUCACGACAGUGACCAGAGCUCCGAGCACGCACAUUUAUGAUGCCCGGACUCCACCCAGUCACAACCUGGCAAUUUCCUCAGGAAUCAACUAUGUUGGUACUCCGAAGGCUGUUAACAACUAGUACUGGGCCAUGCUUUGUUAUUUCACUCUGAGUGGUUAGGGUUUGUUCUUGGUCUGUGAAACAGAUGCUCACUGGGUUGCAAACCAGAGCUCAGCCCCCAAUGGCACCAAACUUUGAAGAUUAGUCUAAAUAAACGUCAAAGGGGUUUAAAGGUGGCCACGCUUUUCAAGAGACUAUGCAUUCAUCCACGUUUGACUCAGAUUUACAUUGUAAAUAAAUGUAUAAGUUUGAAUGUUGUAAACAUUCCACACGAGUGCCUUGGGGAGGAUUUUUGCACUGUUUUAAGUUUUUGCCUAACUGAUUGCUACUGUAUUUUUGCAGAUUUUGAUCAAAUUAUCAUUGAUUACAAAAUAGAUCUAUAAUCUGUGACAGCACAGAAUAAGUAUUAUUUUAGUCCAUUUGUAAAG